UGAGCAGGCAACAUCUAACGGCGUCACAAUCAAUAUUUAGCUUUAGACAAGACAAUCCUCGUCGAUGUGUUUAUAACCAAACCCAACUUAAACGAUCAAAGUACAGCAACAGAGCAACAUGGCGUGCAGUAGCAGGACAAGAAUGAUAGCAUUUGUCGUUGUGUUCAUGAUUGUUGGGGUAUUUGGUCAGUCCCCCUCAACAUCAGUGGCUCCUACCUCAUUAGUAGAAACUGAGUCACCAUCACCAUCUCCAACACAGGCCGCGAUGUCACAAUCUCAGUCAUCCGCAGUGUCACAGGUCAUCCCAUCAUCAGUUCCAGAGCCCGCAACACCUUCGAUGUCACAACCCAUGUCACCCCAAGCAGCCACAUCCAUAAUGUCACAAGUGAUGUCAGAGUCCAUGGUCACAUCCACUUUAGAAAUUAUGUCACCAUCUCCGUCACAAACCCCGUCACCAACCACGUCACCAACAACAUCAGUAACCACGUCACCAACAACAUCAGCAACCACGUCACCAACAGCGUCACCAACCAUGUCACAACCAAAAGAGCCCCCAACAUCACCAACGUCAACUUCUGGAAAGCCAGGAAAAGAGGGAGGCAAAGAUGAGGGGAAGGGCGUUGAGGAAAUUGGUACGUAUCCCGCCAGUCUUGGAUACUUCGGUACUUCAUGUCUCUUUGGCAAAGAUAGAUAUUAG